AUGACUCUACGUUGCUUACAAAGGGACGCGCUCGAGUACAAAGCUCCAACAUCGAACGUCAACUCUAGCGGAAUCGGACCUCGAAAAGCCACCAUGAAGCUGCCUUUCACCACUCUCGACGUGUUUACCACGACGCCCUUCAGUGGCAACCCUGUCGCCGUGGUCCGGGUGCCCGCCUCUUGCCGCGAUGCGCUCACUGAGGAGCAAAAACAAAAAAUCGCAACCGAAUUCAACCUUUCCGAAAUCACCUUCCUGCAUGAAGCAUCUGAAGGCGACAAUGGCGCAGUCGCCGACUACGACAUCUUCACCGCGCGCUCGCGCAUGACCUUCGCCGGCCACCCCACAAUCGGCACCGCCAUCUUCGUCUCCACCACCGGGCGCCCGCUCUUCCCCUCCACCCACUCCCUGCGCACCCUCGCCGGCACCAUCCCCCUCGCCUACAACCCCUCCACCGCCACCGCCUCCGUCCACCUCCCCCACGCCGUCCACGAGCACUCCUUCCGUCCCCCCCACCCCCAGUCCCUCACCUCCUCCUCAUCUCCCCCCACCGUCCCCAUCGUCUCCAUCGUCCGCGGCAUGGCCUUCUGCCUCGUGCCCCUCCCCACGCUCGAGGCCCUCGCCGCCGUCGACGCCUCGCUCGUCCCCGUCGCCGACGCGUACCAGGCCAAGUGGCUGGAUGCCGGCAGCGGCUGGGACGUCGGCUUCACGGGCUCGUUUUACUACGUCGACCUCGGCCUCGACUACGACGACCAGCGCGGCCGCCGGCUGCUGCGCACGCGGUCCAUCGGCACGAGGGAGGACCCCGGGACGGGGAGCGCGAGCGCGGCGCUGUGCUGUUAUUUGGCGCUGAGGGAAGACAAGGGGAAGGGGAGGGGCCCGUUUGAGUUUCAUCUCGUGCAGGGCGUGGAGAUGGGGAGGAGGUGCGAUGUUUUUGUGAGGGUGGUGAGGACUGAGGAUGGCGGGGCGGUGGAGGAGGUGGUGUUGACGGGGAGUGCGGUGGAGGUCAUGGAGGGGGUUGUGAGGGUGGAGUGA